GGCAGCGGCUCGCAGCCCCCGGGGUCUCGGCUGGUCCGCUGCGGCGGGGUCCGAGCCGCGCGGCGGUUGGCGGCAGGCGGCGCCGGCCGGAGGCUUUCGGGCCUGGCAGAGGGAGAAAUCGACAGAGUCCCGUCAGAACAUCUCUACACUUUGGCCACCGCAUCCACUCAGCCUGCUGUCACCUCGCACCCGCUCUGCACCAGGCCUCAAGCUGCCGGGCAGAGCCAUGAGCCCCCGGCCCUGCGGCUGGGGCCGGUAGCCCCUGAAGCUCUGGCGUGCGACUCCAUGUGUGGUUUGGCCCUGCGGUGAGCGGUGGGAGCCAGGCGGCCACCAUGACGAAGCUCCUGGUGGCCAAGGUCCUCUGCAUGGUGGGCGUGUUCUUCUUCAUGCUGCUGGGCUCGCUGCUGCCGGUGAAGAUCAUCGAGGCCGACUUCGAGAAGGCGCACCGCUCCAAGAAGGUCCUCUCGCUCUGCAACACCUUCGGGGGCGGCGUCUUCCUGGCCACGUGUUUCAACGCGCUGCUGCCCGCAGUGAGAGACAAGCUGCAGCAGGUGCUGAGCCUGGGCCACAUCAGCACGGACUACCCGCUGGCCGAGACGCUCAUGAUGGUGGGCUUCUUCCUCACGGUGUUCGUGGAGCAGCUGGUGCUGACCUUCCGCCGGGAGCGGCCGCCCUUCAUCGACCUGGAGACCUUCAACGCGGGCUCGGACGCGGGCAGCGACUCGGAGUACGAGAGCCCGUUCGUGGGCGCGGGCGGCCGCGGCCGCGCUCUGUACCCCGAGCCCACGGCGCACACCCACGGCGCGGGGCUGCGGCUGCGGGAGCUGGGGCGCCCGGGCCCGCUGCGGCUGCUCAGCCUGGUCUUCGCGCUGUCGGCGCACUCGGUGUUCGAGGGCCUGGCCCUGGGGCUGCAGGAGGAGGGCGAGCGCGUGGUCAGCCUGUUCGUGGGCGUGGCCGUCCACGAGACGCUGGUGGCCGUGGCCCUGGGCAUCAGCAUGGCCCGCAGUGCGGUGCCCCUGAAGGACGCGGCCAAGCUGGCGGUGACCGUGAGCGCCAUGAUCCCCGUGGGCAUCGGGCUGGGCCUGGGCAUCGAGAGCGCCCGCAGCGUGGCCAGCAGCGUGGCCUCGGCGCUGCUGCAGGGCCUGGCCGGCGGCACCUUCCUGUUCGUCACCUUCCUGGAGAUCCUGGCCAAGGAGCUGGAGGAGAGGAGCGAGCCGCUGCUCAAGGUGCUCUUCCUGGUGCUGGGCUACGCCGUCCUGGCCGGCAUGGUCUUCCUCAAGUGGUGAGGGCCGCAGGCCUGCCGUCCUCACCCCGCUGCCCACCCGAGCCGUGAGCCCCUGCAGGACACAGGCCACGCUCCAGGGCCGCGGUCCACGCACAGGGCCCCCCGCCCUCCGGCCGCGCCUGGCGCCACUGAUACUGCUUAAAAAAAAAAAAAGUCUUCAAGUUCUUUAUCAAAGCUGUGUGGCCAUGUCACCUCGUCACCCGUCACCCCUCCUGGCCCUGUGACGCUGCUGAAACACCAGGGUGGGAGCGUGGGGGUGGGUUUGGGGGAGCCGCCGCAGCCCCCCCUUCCCUCCAUGUUCUCCGUGUAGCCAAGGCCCUGCCCACAUUGUCCCCCGAGUUUGUCCAGUUGCUCCAGCGUGACGUGUGGCACUUGGUGAGCAAGGUGCUGUCCUUCCCAGGGGACAGGCCGGUUGUGGGCCAGCCCGGAGUCCGCUUGCCUGGCCCUGGGGAACCCCUCCUGUCUCCUUGCUCUGUCUCAGUCACCAGAGUGUUGGGGGGAAACUCCAGGGCCAGGUGUGGCCUCCUGAGGGUGAGUGGGACGUGGGCAGUGGCUUGGUGGUCAUUUUUUUGAGUUGUAUCCUCACCACUGGGGUCUCCAGGGGACACAAGGUGAGGGCCGCAUCCUGACAGGGGAGACUCCUAGAAUGCAGGCGGGAGAUCAGCUCCUAGCAACCAUGGUGCCUGUUGCCAUGACAACACCAGCAUCUUGGGACAACCUGAGCGAGGACUCUCCCUCUGGGGACAUAAGGCUGGCAGGGCUCAUCCCCGUCCUUGACCUUGGCUCUGCCUACCAGGCGUCACCUCAACACAGUCCCUGUGGUGGCCGGAUGUCAGAUCUGGUGCCCGUCACUGGCCAGGUGACCUGAACGGCCCAUCCAAGGUGGCCCCCUACCUGGCCCCUACUUGGAAGGUACAAAGAGCCCGGGCCUUGGGGACACCCGGGCCUUGGGCAGCGUCCCCGGAGCCCCAGUGCCUGGCCACCUCUGCUGUAAUGAGCCAGGGCUCACAUAACACUUCCAGACAUGGGGCCGCGUGGGACCCAGCACCUCCAGUGAGGGCCGACCUGCUUUUCUAGGGGUUCUUUCCUGGUGACUGACCCUGCAGGUGUGGGGAUGUGCCCACAGUACCACCCGGCCCCCCACUCCUCCCCACCCCCCACUCACCACCCAGGGGACAGCUAAGUGCUGUAUGGCUUCCCUCGAGCCCAGGUGGGCCCCAUGGGGCCGCUGCGCCCCCGCGGGUAUGGACUCAGGUAACGAAAGACUAGGGCAAGAUAGGAAGAGCCUGGUCCAUGCCUGGCCAGCCCAGCAGAGCGUCUGCAGCUCCCCCAUGGCUGUGUGAAGUGGCGCCCUCUCCCAGCAUCAGCUGCUCUGCCCCUGGGGACACCAGCAAGCCUGUGUGCCUGGCACCGUGGGCCCGGUCCCUCCUCACCAGCCCUCCGACUACGGGAGCUACUGCCUCCCCCAGGUCCUCGGGUCCAGGUAGCACCGUCCUGGGGGUGGGCCUCAGCACAGUGACUUAGGGACCCUGGACCCAGGAGACCCUGCCGCCAGUCCUCACCUGCCUGGCUCCCUCUUCCCAAACCACCCGACCAUCCCGCAGAGCUCAACUGGGCCCUGGCCAGGUGUGGAGUGGCCAGAGAAUUGGGCCGAGGCCCUCGCCUGGCCCUGCCACCGGAGGCCUUCAGGCUCCCCUGCAGUGGGCUGGGACCAGGGCAGCUCACACCCAGGGGCUGCUGUCAGGGGCUUCUCCCUCCUGUGGCAAGAAAACAGUGGCCUCUCAGAUUGGGGCGCAAAGAAGCAGGAUGGGCAUUCUGCAGGCAUCACAGGCCGGGCAUCUCCAGGACCCCUGCGGGCUGGGCCGCUGCUCUGACCCCUCAGGAAUGAGAGCAGAGAUGGCACUACCCACGGCCACCCGCUGGCCACGGUAACCACGAGGGAGAAGCCAGAACGUGCCCCGUGUGUUUCUCACGGAUUCCAGUUUAGGUGCCAGUCCCUAGCCCCAGGAGAC